AUGGCAGCGCCCAACAGUCCGCGCAAAUCAAUCGAUAGUUUGGCAUCUGCUACAUCGACACCCUCCAUUUCACAUUAUGCUACGACCCACUUGGAGUCGCCGCGAGUGCCACCUCAACGAUACCCCCUGAGGAGGGGAUCAACGGCGAGCUCCAUUGUUAGCAUUGGAGGAAUAUUGGACACUUCUCAGCACCACGGCACCAUCACAGAGUCCGGGCAGAAUGCUAUCUCAACGCUCCUCCAGCCCCCAAUUGUGCGCACCGGCCUGACACCCCAUACGGCAGUGUCUACAACCGGAUACAAGCCCCCAUCAUCUCGCGAUAUCCCCCCUGUAACGUUGACCAAUAUCACACAUGUGGAUUCCAAGGCUUUUCAGCCCUACUUCUCCCAGGAAAUGCUGUGGAAGAAAGCCAAGCCCCCCCCCGGGGUCAAAUCACCCAAGCCGGAAGAUGUGGGAUCUUUGAUGCCAUGGAGUUCUGAGCGAAGGUCCUCCAAUGUUUCAAUAACCUCACGCCCCGCAUCGCCCUAUGAUCCUCGAGGCCGCCGUCGCUCUAACUCGCGGGGUCGUGCGCCUGCAGUGACUCCAUUAUCGACCAUCCCGCCCGUCUAUUUUGAAGAAGAUUUUCAUCUAGAAAACCCGAGAACCUUCGAUGUAAUAUCAGAGAAAUCAGAGGUGGUUCGCCCACCAAAGCCACAAUCCAAAGACGAUAAGCCAAGUAAUGGCGGAGCGGCAGAGCCUGCCCAUACUGGACGAAAGGCGCUAGCGACGAAUGCAAUCCUACAAGAAAAGCUGUCAUGGUACAUGGAUACCGUGGAGAUCCAUCUGAUCUCCUCGAUCUCGACCGCUUCCAAGUCGUUUUUCACGGCAUUGGGUUCCCUGCGAGAGUUACAUGCAGAGGCUGCCGACUCAGUGGAACGAAUCCAGGUCUUGCGUCGUGAUCUACAAAAGAUUGAUAAAGAAAUGGCUCUGGGUGGCCUGAAAAUUGUCAAUCUGCGCCGAAGAAGGGAGAACGUGCGAAUGUUGGCUGCAGCUGUGGGCCAGCUGCGCGAUGUUGUGGAAUCCGUUUCACGCUGUGAAGAGUUGGUUGAGCAGGGUGAAAUCGAAGUAGCUUCUGAUGAACUCGAGGAAGUGGAAAGGUUGAUGGCAGGAGAAAAGUUGUCUGAUCAACCCGGUCAGGAUAGCGAUGACCGCCCCCGUCAGGCAAUUGAUCUGCGGAAGCUGAAGGCCCUUGAUGGCGCAGCAGAAGAUCUAUCUCAUUUGAGGCAGCGCAUCGGAUUGGGCUACGAAACUCGGUUCUUGAAUGAUCUGCUCGGGGAUCUACGCGAGCAUGUUGAAAAUGUGUCAUCAGCCACGACUUUACAACGUUGGGGAGCAUCGUUUUUGCGGCAACGUGGCGGUCAACGCCCGGUGUCUAUGGUCUCCCCUGCGUAUAUGAACAUUGAUAAAGAUUUACGAACGCGCUUACAUGCCCAACUCACCGGGCUCGCGAAAGCGCACUAUACAACCCCCGCCGCAACCUCAUUCAAAACCGCGGUCUUGCGCGAAAUGAAGGCCCUCAUUCGGAAAUAUCUGCCUAGCUCAAGUGACGAUGAUAACGAGUCAAUGGUCUCUGUCUCCACGCAUGGUGGGCGCCAGCGUAGCCAGCAAGAGAAAUCUUCUAUCCUUGCGCGCAAUCUUCGGGCUCUCGAUCCGGAAGAUGCUUAUUCCAUGCUUGUGGCAGUUUACACUGGCAUUAGUGAGUGUCUUCGCCGAUUGAGUACUCAGGUGAAAAUCCUUCUGGAUAUCGCUAGCGGGCUUGAAAACCCAGCAGUCGUGUCUCGUAGCCCCAAUCCCCAAAUCCAAGAGUCGAAUAGAGCAAAUACUGAGUCUUCUGCGUCCGCCAUGGCCCAAGACGAGAUCCUGCAGGUUUUGGAUAUGUCGAGCCUCCUUGGACAGGCUGUCGACAUUGCCCAGUCGCAAAUCACGAAGGUACUCAAGGUCCGCUCCGAGCAAACGGCGCAGCUGCCCAAAGAAGAUUUUCUCAAAUACUUCACACUGAACCGUCUGUUCGCCGACGAAUGCGAGGCGAUUUCAGGGCGUGGUGGCACUGCGCUCCGAACCAUUGUGGGCAGCCAGAUUCGUGAGUUCAUUUCCCGGUUUAGCGAGUCUCAAAGACACCGAAUCGUGGAGGUGAUGGACGCGGAUAAAUGGGAUGCCCGCGACUUCGGAGAACCAGAAGUCACGAUCAUGACUCGUAUCUUAGAUGCUAGUACGAAGGACGUCGAUGCAUGGGUUGAUGCAUCCAAGAUUUGGAUGACCCCUGAAGAGAACAAGCCCGGGCCGUCCGAUCAGAGUCCUGCUGCCAAUGGCUCCGGCAAAGAGAAAGUUCGCAGCGCUGUCAUUGAUGAGCAAAAGUAUAUUCUACCGGACUCUGCGCUUGUAAUCAUGCGCAGCAUCGAAGAAUUCGAGUUCCUCAUGGCGAGUAUCCCGAACAUGAUUCAGGAUAUUGCACCGCAGCUGCUUGAGAUACUGAAGCUCUUUAACUCACGGUCCUCUCAGUUGAUUCUCGGCGCCGGCGCUACUCGCAGUGCUGGAUUGAAGAAUAUCACUACCAAGCAUCUUGCCUUAUCGUCGCAAGCAUUGAGUUUCGUUGUGGCAUUGGUCCCUUACGUUCGCGAAUUUGUCCGCCGCCACGGCCAGGGUAACCAAAUCAUGGGCGAGUUUGACAAAGUUAAACGACUGUGUCAAGAGCACCAAAACGGUAUUCAUGAAAAGCUAGUUGACAUAAUGGUUUCACUCUCCAAUGUCCGCGUCAAUGCCAUGAAACGUAUUGAUUGGGAUGCUGAAGGCCCCGCUGUCAACCCCUACAUGGAGAUCCUCGCGAAGGAAACGGGCACCUUACACCGUGUUCUCAGUAAACAUCUGCCCGACAUGACAGUUGACAUGAUCAUGAUUCCUGUUUUUACCCGCUACCGAGAGCAAUGGACGAGGGCGUUCGAGGAGGCCAACGUGAGUACCGAGGCUGGAAAGAAGAGGAUGGAGGCGGACAUUGAAUACUUGCAAAGCAAACUAGGAAAAAUCCAGGGAGCUGAUGAUCUCAGCAAAAGAUUACUAGAGAUUGUACAGGCAAAAGUUACCGCUGCACCCGCCGACGCCACCGAAAACGCAGAGCGUGGAAAUCAGCAGAGCCAGGCUGACGAGCCUCAGUCUUGA